AUGAAAAGGAGUUCAAGUUUUGAUAGUUCACAAAAUGAAAAUACUACAACUACAACAAUAAUACAAAAAACAAAUAGAUAUUAUAAUGUAUCCAAAUCCAACGAACAUUUAAAUAAACCUCAAAGUAAUUUAAUACCGAAGUACAGUUUAUUUCAUGAUAAUAAUAGUAAUAAUGGUAAUAAUAAUAACAAUAAUGAAAAUAGACCAAAUAAAAUUCAAAAAACUUUAAAGAUUACAAACUCAGAAAAUGAAAAAUCAAAUAAGUUGCAAGAUUCCACCUCUUCAUCAACAACUAAUAAAUAUUAUAAUUAUAAUUUGGUUUUAGAUCAAAAACCACAGCAACAAAAUAAAAAGUUUGAAAAUGCUCAUAAUAGUAAUAACAAAUCAAAGUUACAAUUAAUAACAAAACCUAUAUUACAACAACAACAACAACAACAACAACAAGAACAAGAACAACAGCAACCGGCAAACAAUCUAAAUACUUUACCUUUAAUUAUCCAAAAAGAAAUUAUAUUUUUAUUGGUGGAUAUGGGAUAUUUUUUAACAGGUAGAAAGGUUUGUAAAUACUGGAAAAAGGUUUGUCAUGGAUGUUUAAAGGAAUUAACAAUUUAUUUUACCGAUAUACAUUUAUCAGCAUCAGUCAAACAUGUAUCAGAAAUAUUUGUAAAAUCAUUAAAUAGUGAAUAUUUAUCAUUAUCAAAAAUUUCAUUCAUAAAUGGUGCCAAAAAUUCAAUAUCCUAUAGCGAGUUUUAUUUUAAUAAUGUUAUCCUACCUUUUAUAGAAAACAUAGCGAGAUAUAAUCAAAACAUAUCAGUAUUUUGCAUUAAAGGAUUCCCAAUUUCAAGGAUUAAUAAUAAAACCAGCCAACAGCUAUCACAUACAUAUAAACUAUAUCAUUCCUCCUCAACUGCUGCAGUAGUUCCCGUGCCUAUUUCCUUACCCUCCUCACCAAUUAAUACAUCACCACAAAAAAUAAUAGAUCAACCAAAAGGUUUAUAUUUUUAUUUAACAAAUAAUAGUUUUUUAAAAACAUUAUCAUUAAAGAAUAUUAAUUUAGAUAGCAGAGGCCAAUUUGAUUUCUUUAGUUCUUUAUCAUCAAUUAACACCACUUUAGAGUCACUCACUAUUUCGGAUGGUAUAGGCGACGAAGGAAUGCAAUUACUAUCAGAUAUAUUGGAAAAAAACUUAUUGGUAAACUUAAAGAAACUUGGACUACAAAAGAAUCAAUUUACAAAUACAGCGGCAGGUUAUUUAAAUAAGGUAUUGUUAUCAAGCGAGUCCAAAAUAGAAUAUUUAGAUAUCUCAGGGAACAGAAUCGAUGAGCAAGGUUUCUAUAUGAUGAAGGGUGGUCUUAGAAGUAAUGUUCGACUGAAAACUUUAAUUUUAGCGGGUAAUAAAAUCAACAACACUGAUGAUAUCGAUUUUGGAAAUUCAAUAACUCAUUUAGAUUUAAAAUUUUCAAUGGUUGCAACUAAAAGCGUAAUUAGGGGGCUAAGUCAAUAUUUAUCAAGUAAUAGUUCAAUAACUCAUUUGGAUUUAAGCUAUAAUCAUUGCUCUGGAUCCUCAGCAAUUAAAAAACUUUCAAAAGCAUUAUGUGUCAAUCAAACUAUAAAACAUUUAGAUUUAUCGUUCAACAAGAUCAACACCUUAACUCAUUUAAUAGAUGCAUUACUAGCCAACUCUAUAGAAUCAUUAUCAUUACAAUCAAACUCAAUAGAUAAUCAAUCAGCAAUACUAUUUUCAAAAGUUUUUACCCGUAUAUCCCCAUCUUUUUCAAUGAUUAACUUAUCCUCAAAUAAAAUUGGAAUUGGUGGGUUUAAGAAAAUUUCUUCAUUAAUUUCAAAAUAUUCAAAGUCACACAUAAUUUAUAAUGAUACAGAUAAUAAUAACAGUAAUAAUAACAAUAUUUGCAAUAAUAAUAUCAAUAAUAAUAUUAAUAGCGGUGGUGAUAACAUCAAUUUUCAUGAUGGCAGUAAUAUGGGUUAUAAAAUUAAAAGGAAUUAUAAUGAGGAAGAUUUAAUAUUUUAUAAUAGCUUAAACAAUAACAAAAAUGAUGAAGAAAAUUUGACCAGUCUCAAAAUUGACUUUUCUUUAAAUCAAAUUGAAAUUCCAAGGGCUUUAAAGUUAUUACCAGACUUGAAAUUUAAAUCAAAUAAAUCAAAUAAAUCAAACAAAUCAGUGACGACAUCAGUUAGUGGUGACACCAAUCUCGAGGCAAAAAAAUAUAAACUUAUCGAAUAUUAUAUGGUUCAAUAA